GCGGGCAGAUUAGGAGGCGAGGGCAUGAGUCAGGGGUUUGGGAGCCUCCCCCAGGGCACCUGCGGUGCUGUUAGAGCAGCUGGGAGCUCAGCCAGUCGCAGAGGACACCAGUGGCGUCGGCAGGACUUCAUGAAGGACCCCCGAGGCUCCUGAGCAGCCUGCACCCCUCUUCUAGGGACCUGAGGUGCAGGUUAUGCUGGGGGCUCAGAGAGCCGAGGACAACUGGACACUAAGGACAGCAUCAUGGGGGACAAGAAUGACCAUGUGGAAAUACUGGAGAUCCCAGAUCGGGACUCCGAAGAAGAACUGGAGCACAUAGUAGAACAGAUAGCAUACGAGGAGGAAAGUACCCUUGUGGUCCAGAUGCAGGAGCCAGAAGCUCUUCCCACAGAGACAGACACCACAGACUACACCCCAAGCAGAACCUCCACGUCGCACCCCGGCUCCGCUCAGGUCUACGUGGAGCUGCAGGAGCUGAUGAUGGACCAGAAAAACCAGGAACUACAGUGGGUGGAGGCAGCGCACUGGAUAGAGCUGGAGGAAAACCUCCGAGAGGACGGCGUGUGGGGUCGUCCUCACCUGUCAUACCUGACCUUCUGGAGCCUUCUAGACCUGCAGAGAGUCUUUUCAAAGGGCACCUUCCUCCUGGAUCUGGCAGAGACAUCCCUGGCUGGGGUGGCCAACCAGCUCUUAGACGGCUUCAUCUAUGACAACCAGAUUCGGCCUCAGGACCGAGACGAACUGCUCCGGGCCCUGCUACUCAAACGCAGCCAUGCCGAGGACCUGAAGGAUCUGGGGGGACUGAAACCUGCUGUCCUGAACCGCUCCGGGGGCCCUUCUGAGCCUUUGCUUCCCCAGCAGCCAUCGCUAGAGACCAAGCUGUACUGUGAACAGGCAGAGGGGGGCCCAGGACCCUCGACAUCUGGAAUUCUGAAGAUCCCCCCAAAUUCAGAAACCACACUGGUGCUAGUAGGCCGGGCUGCUUUUCUGGAGAAGCCUGUGCUGGGCUUCGUGAGACUGAAGGAGGCUGUGCAGCUGGAGGACCUGGCGUUGCCGGAAACCGUGCGCUUCCUUCUCGUUCUGCUGGGACCUGAGGCUCCUCAUGUCAACUACACCCAGCUGGGCAGGGCUGCAGCUACGCUCAUGACAGAAAGAGUGUUCCGCACAACUGCCUACCUGGCCCAGGGCCGAGAGGAGCUGCUGAGCUCCCUAGAGGACUUUCUGGAUUGUAGCCUGGUGCUGCCGCCCACAGACGCCCCUUCGGAGCAAGCUCUGCUCAACCUGAUUCCGGUGCAGAAAGAGCUGCUCAGAAGGCGUUACCUGCCCAGCCGCGCCAAGCCAGACCCCGACAAGUUCAAGGGGCUAGACUUGCAUGGCAUGGGCCCAGGGGACCCUGGUGGCGAAGACGACCCUCUACGGCGCACAGGCCACAUCUUUGGAGGCCUGAUCCGUGACAUCCGGCGCCGCUAUCCUUACUACCUGAGCGACAUCACCGACGCACUCAGCCCCCAGGUCCUGGCUGCCGUCAUCUUCAUCUACUUUGCCGCCCUGUCACCUGCCGUCACCUUCGGCGGCCUCCUGGGAGAAAAGACCCGGAACCUAAUGGGGGUUUCGGAGCUGCUCAUCUCCACGGCGGUGCAAGGCAUUGUCUUCGCUCUCCUGGCGGCGCAGCCCCUGCUCGUGGUGGGCUUCUCAGGGCCGCUGCUGGUGUUCGAGGAAGCCUUCUUCUCGUUCUGCGAGAGCAAUAACCUGGAGUACAUCGUGGGCCGCGCGUGGAUCGGCUUCUGGCUCAUUCUGCUGGUGGUGCUGGUGGUGGCCUUUGAAGGCAGCUUUCUGGUCCGAUUCAUCUCCCGCUACACCCAGGAGAUCUUCUCCUUCCUCAUCUCCCUCAUCUUCAUCUAUGAGACUUUCUCCAAGCUGAUCAAGAUUUUCCAGGACUACCCGCUACAGCGGACCUACGCUGAUGUUCCGAUAAAGCCCAAGCCUCAGGGCCCUGUGCCCAACACAGCUCUCUUCUCCCUCGUGCUCAUGGCUGGUACCUUCUUACUUGCCAUGAUGCUACGGAAGUUCAAGAACAGCACCUACUUCCCCGGCAAGCUUCGUAGAGUCAUCGGGGAUUUCGGAGUCCCCAUCUCCAUCCUGAUGAUGGUCCUGGUAGAUACCUUCACCAAGGACACCUACACCCAGAAACUCUCAGUGCCUGAUGGCCUCAAAGUGUCCAACUCCUCUGCCCGGGGCUGGGUCAUCCACCCCCUGGGUUUAUAUGGAGAUUUUCCCCUUUGGAUGAUGUUUGCUUCUGCCCUGCCCGCCCUGCUCGUCUUCAUUCUCAUAUUCCUUGAGUCUCAGAUCACCACGCUGAUUGUCAGCAAGCCAGAGCGCAAGAUGAUCAAGGGCUCCGGCUUCCAUCUGGACCUGCUGCUGGUGGUCGGCAUGGGUGGGGUGGCAGCCAUCUUUGGGAUGCCUUGGCUCAGUGCCACAACUGUGCGUUCUGUCACCCACGCCAAUGCCCUCACAGUCAUGGGCAAAGGGGCUGCAGCCCAGAUCCAGGAGGUCAAGGAGCAGCGGAUCAGUGGGCUCCUCGUCUCCCUGCUCGUGGGACUGUCCAUCCUCAUGGAGCCUAUCUUGUCCCGCAUCCCCCUGGCUGUGCUCUUCGGCAUCUUCCUUUACAUGGGAGUCACAUCCCUCAGUGGCAUCCAGCUCUUUGACCGCAUCUUGCUCCUGUUCAAGCCCUCCAAGUACCACCCAGAUGUGCCCUUUGUCAGGAGGGUGAAGACCUGGCGCAUGCACCUGUUCACGGGCAUCCAGAUCAUCUGCCUGGUGGUGCUGUGGGUGGUGAAGUCCACGCCUGCCUCCCUGGCCCUGCCCUUUGUCCUCAUCCUCACUGUGCCUCUGCGUCGAUUCCUGCUGCCACUCAUCUUCAGCCAGCUGGAACUCCAGUGUCUGGAUGGUGACGAAGCCAAAGUGACCUUUGAUGACGAGGAAGGUCUGGAUGAAUAUGAUGAAGUGCCCAUGCCUGUGUGAGGGGCAGGCCCAGGGCCACGACCAUUCUGCUUUCCCACCCUCCCAGGAAGAGCAUUCACGGGCAUCUUGAAUGUGGGAGGUUGGGGAGGGGUGGAAGGGUUGCCUAGGAAACUCACUACCUAAGAUACUAUGGAUUUUCUGGCUGGAGAUGACCAGAAGCUAGAUCAGGGAAUUAGGGUCACAGUCUCUUGAGACUGUACAGGUCCCCAUGCUAGAAAAGUUAGGUCUGGGCCUUCUCCCUUUAUGGCACAGUUAUAACUAGCAAAGGGGGAAGAUGGAGAACAUUUUUCAAGUUCCUGCUGGCUGUGUGGCCUUACAUGAGUCCCUUGACCUGUCUGGCCCCUGCUUCCUGCUCUAUAAAAAUGAAUACAUUAGUAAUAAUAUUCAUGAUCACAUGGCCCCUGGGCUACACAGCGGGGACCUGGGCCUCCUGACUUGGAGGGCACAGCUCUGUCCUCCAUCUUGCACCUAUUCUUCCCUGCACAGAAAUAUCCGUAAUGACUCCCUCCCUUCCCUUCUCUGUCCCAGCCCCAUCCCAAGACCCUCUUCUCUGCAUCCGGUGAGAAUAAGGUACAGGUGAGGGGCUGGGACUCAGAUUCCUAAGUGCUUGCUUCCUCCUAUCAGGCACAUUUCAUUCAUUCACUCACUCAUUCAUUCAUUCAUUCAUUCAUUCCAUAGCCAUCUACUAAACGCCCUAGACCUAGUGGACACAGAGGGGACAGGGUCAAACUCCCACUGCAUGGGACUUGCCUGCUCUGCUCUGGACUUGGGUGGGGAUGGAGGGAGGAUGGGGGGGGAGGAUUGUAAUUUAUUAACUGUGUAUUUUCUAAGUGCUCCUCUGUGCCUAUGUGGUUUUGCCCAUGUACCCAGCCCCCAUGAGAGACCCGCCGUGUCCAACUCCAGCUAACCUGACUCUUGGGGGGAAACUCAAGGUUUGACCAAUUGGAGUAGGAGACAGUAGCUUGCUCAGAAUAUGGAUAAACAUAUAUUUUUUUUUUUACAAAAAAAAAAAACUUAAAAAAAAAAGAGUUGAAAUAACUGGAAACUUGUGAGAAAAACAGAAAACCUGAGUGGACGGGCAGCAGGAGGCUCCCAGUGAAAGAUUCUCAGGGGAUUUGAAAGCACAGACCGGCCUGCCGGCGCACCACCACAUGAUGCUGUGUUCUCGGCAGUGAAAUGAGGACAAGGAUGGUACCUACCUUGUAGGGGAAUUAGGAGGAUUGAUUGACAGUGUAGGGAAAGCACUUGCUGAGCGCAGAGCCCGACUUGGGGGGAGCUGCUGGGGUGACCGUGCCAUUUUGCACACCCCUGCUCCCCUCCUGCCUUGUCCUGCUCCUUGAACAUUGCCAAAGAGAGUGGGGAUUGUGCCCCCCCCACUCAGCCAGCGCCCUUCCCCACCGUGCUUGGGAAUUAGGUUUUGCCAAUAAAUGUGUUUGUGUUAAA